AUGCUCACCCACGUGGCCCGAUCCUCCAGGCAUGCUAUAGUGGUAGCGGGAGCAGCAGUAACACGACAAACAGCCCUCCUCCGUCCGGCCAUCGUCAGCUUUUUGCGAAUUGGAGGCCUCGAUCUCAGCACGGGACACAGACGAUGUAGACUGUCUUCGUCAUGUGCAAGCGCCGCAGGGGCGAAGGGGAUGGUGGUGGUGGCAUUGUCGACACCGAAAGGGACACAUUUCUCACACCGCAUCCAUAGUCCUCACCGCCACCACUAUCAGCAGCUAGGUUCAAGGUGGUCCUCACCAUCUUCUCUACAAUAUACUCGGACACUCAGUGUGUCAACCCCGCUUCACCGCCGAUACCUCAUCUCGGAAGGGCGCACGACGACGCCCGAGUCCUCAGGCGAAGUCGAAGAUGAACACGAACCUGCCUCUCUACGAUCGUGUCCAUUCUACCUCGAGACAGGGUACUCGAUUUUUGCGAAACGAGCAUCCCGACCGUUUCCUCCGCCAUUUGUGUCAUUGCCAUCCGGCUCAUUUUCCGACCCAUUGACCACCCACAACGUCUCGCGGGGCCGGCGACCGUACGUUAACGGCCAGCCAGUGCGAGGAAUCACCAACGGCGACGACGCCAUCAUCAUCGCAGACAAGAAUUUCAUCGCUGUCAAUGACGGCGUGGGCGCCUGGGCCCUGAAAGACAGAGGCCACGCGGCAUUGUGGUCACGACUAAUUGCGCACUUUUGGGCUCUCGAGGUGGAAAAAUCAUUCGAAAAAGGAGGCGACGUUGCUCUAGAAGAUCUCAAUCCCAUCCAGAACCUGCAGGACGCAUACAGUCAGACCAAGGCGGCGUUGAAGGGUGGGUUGUUGAAGGAAGAUGGACAAGAGGCGAGGCAACAGAAUAACAAUAACGACGAGAAACAAAGUGACGGUGAUGCCAACAAAAGCACCACUGUCCACCAGUCUUCUUCCUCGUCCUCAUCUUCCAACAAAUCUGACAAAUCUGACAAAAAGUCAGCCAAAGACAAGGAGUCAGAUGCCAACGACAUUCUAGGCACCACGACGGCCUCGUCGGCUCUACUGCACUACCGGCGCGGCAGCAGCAGCGGUGGUGGCAGUAAUGCGAGUGAUGCGCAGCAACGAGAUUCAAAACCAAUACCCGUGAUCCUAGCCACAACCCUCGGCGACUGUAAAGUACUCGUCGUCCGCCCCUCGACCAACAAAGUCCUCUACCACUCCAAAGAGCAAUGGCACUGGUUCGACUGUCCACGCCAACUGGGCACAAACUCACCCGACACCCCCUUGAAAAACGCAGUCACCGACACCGUCGACAUUGAAGUCGGCGACGUGGUUCUUGUGCUCAGCGACGGCGUCACCGAUAACCUGUGGGAACAUGAAAUCUGUCAAAAUGUCACCACUAGUGUCUCCAAAUGGAUCGAAGGCGAAGACCAGGAGGCCGUAAAGGAUGGACCCGUCUAUGUCGCUCGUUCCCUUAUGAAUGCCGCUCGUGAGAUUGCCCAGGAUCCGAAUGCCGAGUCGCCGUAUAUGGAACGUGCGUUUGAUGAAGGUAUUGCUGCCGAGGGGGGCAAGUUGGAUGAUAUCUCGGUUGUUGUUGGCGUUUGUCGCCAGAAGGAGGGAAAUGGAAAUGGAAAUUCGGCAAAACUUGAUAAGAGCUAG